GUGGAUCCGUGGGGAGGAGGGUGAGCACAACAGCGUCCACGCACUUUUUGCGCAACCAGCAUCAUUGGAUGUAGGAGGAAAUCUGGACGUUGUAUUUGUGAUAGUCCACCGACAGCAGCCACCAUGGAGAGCGGAUCCAACCGAACCAUUGAUCCGAGCUGCAUGCAGAAGCCGCCCCUCGCCAUCGACAUCAUCCUCAAUUUGGACAUCUUUGGCAUCAUUCUGUACUCGGUGCUCACCUUCAUGGCCACAGUGUCCAUGCUGAUCUUCAUAGAGGAGUGUAUCUACAUCUAUAAGAAUGUGCCCGCCAAUAAGAAGAGUGUCAUCAUCUGGGUGAAUGGGGCGGCACCGGUGAUUGGCACCAUGUCGUGUCUGGGUAUGUGGAUCCCCAGAGCCACGAUGUUUACUGAUAUGACCUCUGCUUGCUACUUUGCCAUUGUGGUGUUCAAGUUCCUGAUCCUGAUGUUGGAGGAGGUGGGCGGAGAUGAGGCUUUCCUGAAGCGAGCAGAGAAACAUAAACUUAAGAUCAGCACGGGGCCGUGCUGCUGCUGCUGCCUCUGCCUGCCGCACGUGACCAUCACACGGCGCACACUCUUCCUGCUCAAACUUGGCUCCUUCCAGUUUGCCCUCCUGAAGAUUGUCUUCACCCUCCUUUCCAUUUUCCUCUGGACCAACGGGACGUUUGACCUCUCUGACUUGACCAUUGAGGGAGCUGCUAUAUGGAUCAACCCAUUUGUAGGCAUCUUGACAAUCACAGCCCUGUGGCCUGUAGCGAUGACGUUCAUGCACCUGAGGGUUGCCCUGCGAACAGUCAAGAUCAUCCCCAAGUAUGCCAUGUACCAGCUCGUGCUGGUCCUGAGUCAGUUGCAAACGGCUAUCAUCAACAUAUUGGCUUUAAAGGGAACUAUCGCCUGCACGCCGCCCUUCUCCGCAACAACCAGAGGAUACAUGAUGAGUCAGCAGCUUUUGAUCCUGGAAAUGUUCAUCAUCACGCUGGUAACACGCCUGCUGUACCGCCGGCUGUAUGAUCCUUUACCCGAAGAGGAACCCGAAGUGAACGAACACACCAAGAUGGUUUCAGUGGAUUCGUCCGCAUGAGAUGUGUGUGUGUGUGUGUGUGUGUGUGUGUGUGUGUGAGCGAGUAUGAGACUGUGCGUCAUUUAAAUUUCCUGCUUGUAUUUGAUUCAAAGAUGUUUAUAAUAUAUAUGAAUAAAUGAAAUUUGACAUUUUAAAUGUAUCUUGAGGGUGUAACAGAGGUUCAAACUAUUUGAUUGAACAGUCAAACCAAUCACACCCCUUAUCCAGCAGUUCUAAUGGUUCCCACUUUCUCAUGUCAAAUUAGUUUUUAACAAGAAAGAUACAUACAUAUAUGCAUAUAUACACACAGGUUUGGUGAGACUUGAGGUUAUUUCUGUUAUUAUUCUUUUAAGAAACUACUCAUAAUGGGAUUAUUAAUUUAUUAGUUGAAAUUAUAUGUUCGUUGUAUGUUGAAUUGUAUGUAUGCUGGCAAUUGACACAUUUGACAUUAUCAGCCUUUUCAGUAUUCUCAUCUCCAGAUAUUAAUUAAUUAAUUAAUUAAAUGACCAAAUAACUGAAUUCACAGGAAAUUAUAGGAAAUAAUGGGCCCUCAACUAUAAGGUGAAACCACUUAUUUAUAUCCGCUGCCUUUUUUUGUGAGGCCUGUUGCAAACUUGAUGAUACACUGUGACAAUCAGGCCCGUAGAGAUCACCCCCGCAGCCCCCGCACUGCGGGGGGGGGGGGCCUCGCAUGGC